GUUGUUCGCUGUGACCCAUUCUGGGUGAAGCGUUUGGUAUUUGUUUUGUUCUUGUGGGUCAAUUCGGGCGUUCCGGCUUUUCAAUCAUUGUUUCAUGUGAUUUCGGUUCUCUUGAAGUUGAAUCUUGGAUCGUUUUACUGGACUCGCCAGUCGAAAAUGGGGGACCAAAACGAUGUGAUUCAGGAAAAUGUGGAGUUGGUUAAAAACAAUGAAUUUGAAGGAGACGAGAACAAGGUGAGAGGCAACUGGUCCAACAAGUCUGAGUUUAUCCUGUCCUGUUUGGGAUACGCCGUGGGCCUGGGCAACGUCUGGAGGUUCCCCUACCUGUGUUUCCGCAACGGUGGAGGUGCUUUCUUGAUCCCCUACGUCAUCAUGUUGGCCUUCGCCGGCCUGCCUGUGUUCUUCCUUGAAGUCAGCUUUGGCCAGUAUUGCAGCCAGGGACCUAUCACUUGUUGGAGAGCUGUGCCUAUGUUCAGAGGUGUUGGUUAUGGUAUGUUAAUCAUCGGGGCUUUUGUGGGCAUCUACUACAACGUGAUCAUCAUGUACACGCUGUACUACAUGUUUGCCUCCUUCACCGCCAAGCUACCGUGGGUUGGGUGCGGCAGUGCCUGGAAUACCAUCCUGUGCUCGGACAUUGUCAAUGACUGCCUGGCAGCCGGCGGUGUGGUUACCAAGAACAAUACUUGUGUGAUGAUUAGUACAUUAACUGUUGACGACCUGCAAGAGCAUAACAUCACACAAGAUGCUGAUGGUAGUUUCAAUUUUUCGAAAUAUUUCGACCCUUUCAAAGGCAAUCGCCGACGUCCGAGUGAAGAGUACUGGAAGUUCAACGUCCUGCAGGAGUCCGACAGCAUCGGCGAGACAGGAACCGUCAUCUGGCAGCUGCUGCUCUGUCUUCUCCUGGCCUGGAUCAUCGUCUUCCUCUGCCUCAUCAAGGGAAUCAAGUCCUCGGGAAAGGUGGUGUAUUUCACGGCAACUUUCCCCUACGUUGUGCUGGUGAUUCUGUUGAUUCGUGGAGUCACUCUUCCCGGCUACUAUGACGGCGUCCUCUUUUUCAUCACCCCCAAGUGGGAACGCUUGGCUGAACCACAAGUGUGGUUGGAUGCAGCGGUGCAGAUCUUCUUCUCACUCAGUGCUGCGUCGGGCGGACUCAUCACGCUUUCUUCCUACAAUAAGUUCCACAACAACUGCUACUUCGACGCUGUACUAGUGGCAACGUUGAACUGCUGCACCAGUGUCCUUGCCGGCUUUGUCAUCUUCUCCAUCAUGGGAUUCAUGGCUCAUGAGCUGGGCGUCGACGUCGAGGAUGUUGCAGAGGGAGGUUUUGGUCUGGCCUUCAUUGCCUACCCUGAAGCAGUGGCUCGUCUGCCCAUCUCACCUCUCUGGGCCAUUCUUUUCUUCUUCAUGUUGCUGACUCUUGGCCUGGACAGUCAGUUCACCAUUAUGGAGAAUCUGGUGACCGCUAUUGUGGAUGAGAUCCCUAGCAUGCGGAAGAGGAAAUCACUGGUUAUGCUGGUAGCCUGUAGCAUGGGCUUCCUUCUCGGCUUCACAUGUAUCACCAAUGCGGGGCCCUACUGGGUAGCACUACUGGACAGCUACGCCUCCAGUUUCUCCCUCCUCAUCUUUGGCCUCUUGGAGUGCAUCGCCAUCAGCUGGUUCUAUGGCGUCAAACGCUUCACGAACGACAUCGGCACCAUGAUCGGCAGCGGCACGGUCAACUCCCCACUCUUCUACUGGUGGCCAAUCAACUGGGGCUGCAUCACUCCAGCUCUUCUCUCUUUUGUGUUGAUGUUCAAUUGGAUGAAUUGGAGCAAGCCACUUUACAAUAACAUCGACCCGUACCCGCUGUGGGCCGAUGCUAUUGGUUGGAUGAUGAUCCUCUUCGCUAUCAUUUGGAUUCCGGUCAUCUUGAUGUUUGAGUUCCUCCGUUCUCCGGGCAAUUUAACGCAGCGUUGGGAGGCCAUGUCCAAUCCUCGUGAGAGCUGGGGGCCGGCCCUGGGUAAGUUCCGCCUGGAGGCCUACGAAACUCACGCCAAGAACAGGUCUACCUUCGGUGGCCGACUGAACCCCACCGGUGACAUCUACGACACUAGCCGUACUGCCGAGAUGGGCAAGGCGCCGGCCGUCUACUACAAUACUGGAGCCACCAACCCUGGCUUUGAUACCCCAAUGUAAGGUACCAAGAGUGAAUCCG